AUGUUCGCCAUAGAAGCCAAUAAACUCACAGUGCAAAAACACAGGGAAAUAAGGAAAACAAAUUGGUGUGUAUUUCGCUCACAUCUGGAACAGUCGAAAAGAACGGGGAGUAAGAUCCGAUCUCCGGCUGAUCUGGAUAAUGCGGCAAACGACCUACAAAAGAGGAUCAUAACCGCCUAUAAUGACAGUUGCUCUCUUGUAACGAGGUCUUUAUGUCGUGAUGUUCCUUGGUGGAACGAAAAUUUAGCAACACUUAAGAAGGAAGCUAGGCGCCUGUUCACUAAAGCGAAUAUUACUGGUAACUGGUCAAACUACAGGACCGCUCUUACCAAAUACAACACUGAGUUGAGAAAGGCUAAAAAAUUAUCAAUGCAUGAGUUUUGUGAAAACAUCGGAAACUUUCCAGAGGCAGUUCGCCUUCAAAAAGCCUUAUCAAAGGAUCACACAAAUGGCCUAGGGCAAGUGAAAAACGGCGAUGGUUUUCUCACAAUUGACAAUAGUGAAGCAUUAGAUGUUCUAAUGAACACCCACUUUCCUGGGUCAGUUGCGAAAGACGAGAAUUCGACAGGUCAGGAUUGUGAUGGAAUCCAUCCUAACAGGACUUGUGAAGCAUCACAAAAACUGGCUAGUCAGAUUUUCACACCAUCUCUAAUUAAAUGGGCUAUCAACACAUUCGAACCCUACAAAUCGCCCGGUCCUGAUAACAUUCUUCCAAUAUUUCUUCAAAAAUCUAAUUCUUCCUACUAA